GUCUGUGCCCUCGGGAAAGGACUGGAAUAAUUCUCAGGUAUCUAGUGAAUAACUACAGUACCAGAUACCAGGGAGAAUUUACAGUUCUGCUAAAACAUCCUCCAGGACGCUGCACCACCACAAACAAUGGAGGCCAGCAGGAAACUCCCUUGCAGACAAAGGCAAGUCCCUUUUUUCUUUUUCCUAUUAGGAUUGUCUCUGGCAAGUGCCGGGGAACUGAGGCGCUAUUCUGUGGUGGAGGAAAGGGAGGGUAGGUCCUUUGUAACCAAUUUAGUAAAUGACCUAGGUCUCAGGCAGCUGGAGCUCUCCAGACGAGGGGUUAAGGUCGUUUCGAAGGGGAACAAACUACAUUUGCAGCUGGAUCAGGAGACGGGGGAUUUGCUAUUAAUUGAGAAAGUGGACCGAGAGGAACUGUGUGGGCACACAGAGCCAUGCCUGCUCCGUUUUCAAGUGCUGCUUGACAAUCCCUUAGAUAUUUUUCAAGCUGAGCUGGAAGUUACAGACAUAAACGACCAUUCUCCAGCAUUCCUGGACAAAGAAAUCAUGCUAAAGAUAUCAGAAAGCAGUCUUCCUGGGACUACAUUUCCUCUGAAGAAUGCUCAGGACAUGGAUGUGGGUCAAAAUGGCAUUGACAACUACCUUGUCAGUUCCAAUUCCUAUUUCCACGUGCUUACUCGAAAACGCAGCGAUGGCAAGAAAUAUCCUGAGCUGGUUCUAGACAGAGCAUUGGACAGAGAGGAGGAAGCUGAGCUCAGGCUAAUCCUCACAGCACAGGAUGGCGGCUCUCCACCUAGGUCUGGCACCACUGAGGUCCACAUUGAAGUCCUGGACAUCAAUGACAAUGCCCCUCAAUUUGAGCAGCUUUUUUAUAGGGUGCAGAUCCCCGAGGAUAGUCCAAUAGGCUUUCUGAUCAUCACUGUCUCGGCUACAGAUAAGGACAUAGGAGUCAAUGGAGAGAUCUCCUAUUCACUUUUCCAGGCUUCAGAUGAUAUUAGCAAGACCUUUUCGAUCCAUCCCUUGACAGGGGAAGUGCAAUUGAAAGAACAACUUGAUUUUGAAAAGACUCAGUCCUAUGAAGUCAAUAUUGAGGCCAGAGAUGCUGGAACAUUUACUGGAAAAUGCACGAUUCUGACCCAAGUCAUGGAUGUGAAUGACCACGCUCCCGAGAUUAUCCUGUCUGCGUUCACCAACCCCAUCCCGGAGAAUUUGCCAGAAACUAUGGUGGCAGUUUUUAGCGUUUCUGAUCUAGAUUCAGGAGAAAAUGGAAAAAUAAGCUGUUCCAUUCAGGAUGAUAUACCCUUCUUCCUAAAGCCUACUGGGGAAAACUUUUACACGCUAUUAACACAAAAACCACUGGAUAGAGAGACUAUAGUCGAGUACAACAUCACCAUCACAGUCACCGACAUGGGCACACCCAGGCUCACAACCCAGCACACCAUAACAGUUCAGGUGUCCGAUGUCAAUGACAAUGCCCCCGCCUUCACACAAACCUCCUACACCCUGUUUGUCCAAGAGAACAACAGCCCCGCCCUGCACAUAGGCACCAUCAGGGCUACAGACUCAGACUCAGGCUCCAAUGCCCACAUCACCUACUCUCUGCUGCCCACCCACGACCCGCAGCUGGCCCUCUCUUCAUUGGUCUCCAUCAACGCCGACAAUGGGCAGCUCUUCGCGCUCAGGGCGCUGGACUACGAGGACCUGCAGACCUUCGAGUUCCACGUGGGAGCCAAAGACCAAGGCUCUCCUGCACUCAGCAGCCAGGCGCUGGUGCGUGUGCUGGUGCUGGACGCCAACGACAAUGCGCCCUUCGUGCUCUACCCGCUGCAGAACGCCUCUGCACCCUGCACAGAGCUGCUGCCCAGGGCGGCAGAGCCAGGCUACCUGGUCACCAAGGUGGUGGCAGUGGACCGCGACUCUGGACAGAAUGCCUGGCUGUCCUUCCAGCUGCUCAAGGCCACAGAGCCCGGGCUGUUCAGCGUGUGGGCUCACAAUGGCGAGGUGCGCACCUCCAGGCUGCUGAGUGAGCGCGAUGCUCCCAAGCACAGGCUGCUGCUGCUGGUCAAGGACAAUGGAGAUCCUCCAAGGUCUGCCAGUGUCACUCUGCAUGUGCUGCUGGUGGAUGGCUUCUCUCAGCCCUACCUGCCUCUGCCAGAGGUGGCGCGCGACCUCGUGCAGGAUGAGGACGCGCUCACUCUGUAUCUGGUCAUUGCCUUGGCUUCUGUGUCUUCCAUCUUCCUGUUGUCUGUGCUGCUGUUCGUGGGGGUGAGGCUGUGCAGGAGGGCCAGGGCGGCCUCUCUGGGAGGCUGCUCUGUGCCUGAGGGACACUUUCGUGGCCACCUGGUGGAUGUCAGUGAGGCAGGGACGCUGUCCCAGAGCUACCAGUAUGAGGUGUGUCUGAGGGGAGACUCUGGGACAGGUGAGUUCAAAUUCCUGAAACCAAUUUUACCUAAUUUCCAAGACCAUCCUCUUGGAUCAGAAAUGGGAGGAAAUUCCAACUGUAGGAACGACUUGGGUUUCGGCAUUCAGUUAAAAUAACUGUUUUGUUUUUAACAUGGGUAGUGUUUUUUGUUGUUGGAAACUCAAAUUACUGUUCUUGCUGUGCCCAUUUUGAAAAUUUGAAGCAUGGUGAAAACUUGUUUUCAGGAUAUUCUGGCCAUGGUCUUAGUGAGAGUAUCUCGUCUUUUCUCCAGACCGGAAGGUUAAAUGUUCUGAUCUUGUCUCUCUAACAUGUCACUAGUUGUACAAAUCCUUGUUCUACGAUAGCUUAGGAAUAUACAAGAGAAGAGACGGAAAAUCAGUUCAACCCAAUCAGACGCGGUUUAGUGUGUGUUCUGUUCCUAGUUGUGAGCCAUCGAGAACAUAUGACAUGGCAUUGCUCAAAUGCCUCGAAAUCUAAUCAGAAAGGGGGAAAGAGGAGGCACUGGCUUGUGCUUUAUUCGGC